AUGCAUGCCACAUUUGGAAAAUUGGUUUUACUUUGUCUUUGCACUAGAGAAACACUUGCUGAACAUUUCAAGGAGUGCAAACAUUCAGCCGAUGGCAAUUUCGUAGCCAUUGAAAACAAUUGUCUCGGCUACAUUUACUGCAUGGGCGAAAACUCCUUCACAGAUUUAUGUCCAGUUGGCACAUAUUUUGAUCCACAACAGCAACAGUGCACAGAUGAUGUUUCCUUCAAAUGCGUCGAAUAUAUUGCGGAAAACGCUGAAGGCGCGGGGCAACAGAGCGAAUCUGUGCAACAGCAGUCAACAACAUUAGCAUCACCAAAUUAUAAUGCAGCUAGUACAACACCUAGUAAUAUCGCAGCAACAACACAUGUAACAGUCGCAACGAUCGUCGAUACGCUGCCAUCAACAACAGUGCCGCAUCGUCCACACUGCCAGCCCGCGGUGGAUGAGUAUUUUCCCUAUCAACUACGUUGUGAGUACUAUUAUAGAUGUUCGCGUGGCUACUUGAGUAUUUUACGCUGCAGCUUUGGUUAUGGUUGGGAUUUUCUGCUGGAGAAGUGUGUGCCAUUCAAGCAAGCACAGUGCUAUAGGAUAUCGGAGGUACAGGCUUUUAAGUUUUAAGUAGUUUUUUGCUCUUAUUAUUUAGUUUUAAGAUAACUAUUUAUUUGAAUAAACGCGCUUUGUUUUUUACGUUCAG